GUUAUGCAGUGGCCUAUUGGAAAUCAAGGCUUGCUAUAUGACCGUAACUGGAUGGUUACAAAUCAGAAUGGAGUUUGUAUUACUCAGAAGCAGGAACCAAGAUUGUGUCUUAUACAACCCUUAAUUGACCUGGAGCAAAAUGUGAUGAUCAUCAGGGCAGAAGGGAUGAAUUCUAUCUCUGUAUCCUUAGAAGAAAACAGUGGAACUUUAACUGAAAUCUGUCAAAGCAAAGUAUGUUCUCACAGAGUACAGACAUAUGAUUGUGGACAGAGACUAGCUGAUUGGUUUACUGAGUUUCUCAGUCGGCAGUGCCGUCUGAUUAGACAAAGUUCAGACAUCAGAAGAAAUGCUUCUAAGAAGAAUAAAAAAGGAGAGACCUCUGAUGUAAUUGCCUCACUCUCCUUAGUAAAUGAAGCACAGUAUCUCCUGAUAAAUAAAACAAGUAUUUUACAACUGAGAGAUCAGAUUACUGCAAGCCUAGGUGAAUCAUUUCUUCCUCAAGAAUUAAUUUAUCGAUUCCGGGCCAACAUUGUUAUCAGAACAAAUGAACCAUUUGAAGAAGACUUGUGGGAUCAGAUUGCCAUUGGUCCUCUACAUUUCAGGGUUAUAGGACCAUGUCACAGAUGUCUGGUUAUCUGCAUUAAUCAACAAACUGGACAGCGAAACAAGGACUUUCUGCAAAGGUUAUCUUCCAUUAGAGACAGAAAGACUAACUUCGGAAUAUACCUGGCAAAUCACUCUGGGACACAGUUCUUCCUUUCUAAUACCUUGUCAGUAGGUUCUGAGAUAUUUGUAGUAUUAAAGAACAUUACAUCUUCAACCUCUACUGAAGAAAGUAAAUCAGUCUAAGCAGCAAAUGGAUCUGUUUUGCAGAGGGUUCACAUUUGUUGUGAAAUUUCAAUCUUCUUCAGUACUGGUAGUAUGCUAAGAUUAUUUGAGAGCAAUUUUGUGUUACAUCUAAUAAAAUUGCAUCAUUUCUUGCAACUCUAUAUGAUUUCUUU